UUUGGCCGCAGCAGCUCAGCUCGGCUCAACUUGCUACUUUCCGGAGCUUGAACUGCCGACAUGAGCGACUUGGGACUUUGGACGGUGGUCGGCGGUGCUGACAAAGGCGGAAUCAUCGUCCGGGCCGAGCGCGAGCUUGGCUCUUCCGCUGUAGCACGACUGUCUACUGGCGCAGUGGUGAAAGGCCUGGAGUGCCAUGAGGGCCGCAUGUUCUAUGAACUCGUCCAGGGCCAGGGCCCUGCCAAGGGCUGGGUAACUAUGAGCCUCAAGGGCAAGGAGCUGCUGGUGAAAGGUGUCGAGGAGUCCACAAGCGAGGGCAGCACCAGCGGCAGCGAGAGCCCCAACACCGAGGACAUGGACGUCAAGGGCGAGAAGAUCACAGCAGAUGAGAAGGAGGCUCUGCGCCUCUAUGAGACCAAGUUUGGCGAAGCCCAAGAGGGUGCUCAUGUGCACACGGGCUACAACCGCAAGUCUUUCCCCUGGGCAAUGCCGCAGAAGGUGGCAAAGGAGACAUCAGAGGAGCUUAUCAAAGCGACGCAGGCUUUCAAGGAGAAGCGCCAGCGGAAGACUCGCUAUUGGGACGUGGACUCGGACGGGGAGGAGGUGACGCUCUGCUCGCGUUGCUUCAUGGCCAUCGGUGAGACUGCCUAUGGGGACACGGCAGAUGGCAAGAGCACCUGUGUCCAUCCGGAGUGCAUGGCACAGGUCAUGAUCGAGGAGAUGCAACAGCAGGAGGCUGCCUUCCUCAAGGAAGAGAACGAGAAGAAGCUGAAGAAUCGUGAGGAGUACCAGAUCGGCUGGGUGCCCUCCACGGUGCCUUGCAGCGCCAGUCUGGCGCAGCGCUUCGGGCUGGCGGCCAGCGGCCUCACCAGCCUGGUCUGGGAUGAGGUGAGCCGCAGCGUGCGGGUGGCCGCCACCCUGGAGCCCUCCGCGGCGGUGAACUUGGAGUACCUGGCCCUGGCGUUGAAGGUGCGCCGGCAGGAGAGGCGGGAGCCACUCUUUUCCUUGGACCCAGUGGACCCGCAGAACAUGGAGAAGACCAUGCAGACGAAGCGCUAUGAGCCUGAAUGGCUGGCGGGCACUAGCGUGGGAGACAUCAUGUUCCAGGCCGACUACUUCCUGAAAGAGCUGGCCUUGGGUGAGUACACCAUGCCAGUGGUCGGCAUGCUCAGCGUCUUUGAUUGGUCCGAGGCUUUGAGCCUCCACCAUCAGCCCUGGGCGGGCCGUGAAUGGUUCGUGGUGAAGAGAGCGGAGGUGCACAUGGCGGAGGACAAGACCUUGAUCCCAUUCGUAAAGAUGGGCGUUGAGGCGCGGGAGCAGGUGCUCACUGCCGAUGGGCUCCGAGACACCGCCAUCACCAGCGCCAGCCAUCCGCUGCGCCGCUUCGCGGACGCUUUCACGCGGAACUUCGACCUGAUUGCGGAGCGGAAGAGCGUGAUCUUCCACCUUCGGGAACUGGCGAAGGCCUCGGUCAUGGCCAAGUUUCUGGUGGACUCUGGGGCGCAGCUGGAUGACCUCUGGCACACCGUGGCCGAGGAGAUCGUGUCCAACACUGCCCCAGAGCCUCACUCGGAGAUUCCGCAGCUGUGGAACAUGCGAGGCCUCUCGCGGAUCCGCCUGGAGAAUGGGAAGAUUGUGGACAUGGAGACCGGCACCGUCAGCAAUUUGCACGCCAUCUACGGCGGUGUGGAGUUUGGGCUGGAUCGGUUCGAACUGGCACAGCGCCAUGCUUUGCGGCCAGGUGUUCCAGGCAUGGCCAUGCAGCAAGCAGGCCUGCAGGGCAUGCAACUGGGCCCCAGCGGGCGUCCCAUGUUCAUGCCCCAGCGCUUCCAGCUCACACAGCGCGGGGAGAUGCCCCAAGGUGUGGAUUUGGACUUGGACAAGUUCAACCUCGCCGAACUGGAGAGUUUCAGCAAGCUGCCGGCCUGCAGUGGUGCCGAGGGCUCUUUGGAGGCCCGCACCCUGCUCGGCAAGGCCUUCUUGAAAGGAUUGAAUGAGGGCUACCGCAGCAUGAAGUCGGAGGACAAGGAGCUGCUGAAGGACAUGUUCAAUGCCGCUAUGGCAGAUCGAACUGAGGAGGGUGACCAGUUCAUUCCCCCUACCCCCAACCUCUCCUACAUUGCAAAGCUCCGGAAUCUUGUGAAUGAGGAGAAGGCCCUUCUCAAGAAGCGGAAGCUGAGCUUUUGCGACCGCAACUUUGCGCCGGGCAACGCUGGGCUUGAUUUCCCCAGAUCCUGGACCUCUGGGUUCACCGUGGAGCGGGGCUUCUCCCCGGCGGUGAUGCAGAAGCUGAAAUCUUCCUUAGUGCAGCUGCAGGUGGAUGCCACCUUCCAGCAGGCCUUGCUGGAGGAGGUGCUGCCCACCGCGGCCCCAGAGUUCCACAAGGCCACGGAGGACGGGGUGGUCUUCCGCAUCUAUCGCCUGGGCAGCCUGGAGGUGCGAACCACCCAGGAGCCCGGCCAAGCUGAAGACCUGGGUGUCGUCUUCUCGACCCGCGCAGUGACCUGGAAUCUGUCUGAGCCUAACGUCCGCUCGGUGCGGGAUGAGGAGAAGAUCGUCCGGGGGCGCAUCUACAUCGAGGCCAUCGACGCGGAGUCGGCGAAGCGCCUGGAUCAGCUGUGGUCCAGCAAGCGCCUGGACUACUGCCACUACUACGUGGUCCUGGAGACCGAGGAUCAGAAUGUGAUUCUCACAGAGAAGUUCCCGGAUGGCAGCACUAUGAUGGCCGUGAAUCCAGAAGGCGUUGAGGACAGGAACUCUUUGGCCAAGCUCAUGGCAACAGUGGAGGACUGCAAAGACAUGGACGUGACCGUCGGGAAGGUGAAGUUGGUGCAGAUCAACCACCACUGCAAGGCCGCGGAGGGCGCCAGCCCCUCGUUGCGGAAGCGCUUCGCCAAGGCGGUCUUCUGCAUGCUCCGGCGCCAGGCGCGGAAGACCAAGGGGCUGGACCGACGCCCGUACACCUCUCGCAAGCAGAUGACUGAUGCAAAGGGCAAGUAGGUGACUAGUGCCGAGACGGUGAGGUCCCCAGCAAGCAUGCUGCGAUACAUUACAUGUGAAGCCAUCUCUGCGAUGUUUCACCGGUGGCUGGGGAACUCCUGGCGUUAUGGAGAAUUGGAAAGAUCACAGCAUCUUCCAUGUCGUGUUCAUCUCGUUGGCAAACUCUUUUGCAACACAGUGACUGGGGUGUGAUUGGUGAGGCGUUUUCCGUCUCUCGGGCGACAAACUUCUUCCGGGAACCGCAUGCCCGGUUUAGAUGCCAGGCCCUGUCUCUACACUGUCCGGUUAGCUUUGAGCCUGGAAAUGGUGCGCCAUUCCAUACGCCUGGCAUCGCCCAACCCCAAUGACGAAGGCAUGCGGGCUCACAGUGCAA